GUCAAUAUCGCUACUCGGAUUUGGAACCCAAAAUAAUUGUUUCUACGUAUAAAAGUUGAACAUAAAUAUUGCCCUUGUGAACUUAUAUAUAUCCACGUGCUAUUGUUUACAAAUAUAUAGGUAAGUGGGCGGGUACAAAGCAUAAAAACAAAAGAAAUAUUUACCUUAUAUCAAUAUCACAAAGCAGCCAACCAAUGGACGUCGCGUUCACAGACCAACCACUGCGAUUACUACGCAUUUAAUAACAUAAUUCUAUAACAUCUAUUAAUGUCGGCCAAUGGCAAUGUUGACAAAUGUUUCAUUUUUAAUAACUGUAUUAAGUUUUGACUUCUUUUCAUGAUUAACAUUAGAUUUGAUGUUUAAAAGUAGAUGGGGAAUGCCAAAUUCUCGGGGAUUAUAUCCUGCGUAUAUGAGUGUGACGUCAUCAAUGUUUAGUGCGCCAUAUUUGAUUUCGAUAAAAUCAAGAUGAACAUUUGAAGAUAUUCAAACUCCACAUUUAUUAUUGAAGAUGUCAACAUGCCAUUGAAAAGAAUAUUUUGAUAGUGACUCUUUUGAACGCUUACAAUACCACACUACUGGUAUGGAGACAUUCAGAUGCAGACCGUGUGAGGUAUCAUUUGACAGGAAGAAGAAACUUGAAGAUCAUUUGACAACAUCGAAACACAAACGUUUAAAACUGAUUUCUCAAUUUCCCGAGGCCGAGCAAGAAACUGGUGGUAAUGAUGCUCGUGUUGACAACCCUGGCCCUGCCCACGGAUGUAUAAAUGGAAGUAAUGAUGAAAGUGAAACUGACGCUGAGCUGUUCCAAGAAGUAGAUCUAAGCCUAGAUGAUGAUCAUUCUAGGCCUUGGGCUAUUGAUGAUGAUAUUGUGAUGUCUGAGUCGGAGUCUGAGGAUGAUUAUGCUUAUGGGCCGUACAGUGAUGAUGAGAACAUGUACAAUAGUGAUUUUGAAGAACUGGAAGAUAGAGAAUACUACCCCUUUCCAACAAAGGCUUUUUAUUUGUUGUAUGUUAUGAGAACAUCUAGGACACAUCAUAUGUCUGAUCCUAUGAUGAACAUGGUUAUUCAUGCCAUGAGGGAGUUGAGUGUAGAAGGUGUUCCUUCGUUGCGACAGUUGAAGGCCUUUGAAAUCCCCAAUCUAGAGAGCUCAUCAAUGAUAAAAAAGUUCCAACAUAAUGAAGCUCCAGUUUAUAUGGUUUCCCCUGGCAAAAUAGCACAGAUGAUUGUAUCCAAUCCCAGGAUGAAGCUAAACACUAGCCAGCAGGUUGAAGAAGAAGAAGUGCAAUCCAAUGUGCCCAAAACACAAAGCAAUGCCAGACGAUGGCAUAGACUGAACUUUGAAGAGGGAAAUAUCAACAUCCCAUUUAACAUAUUUGCGGAUAGUUUUGGCACAGCCACAAGUAAAAGAUGGGCUCCAGCAGUAGGUGUACAGAUGCAGCCUUCAGGUUUCUCCACAGAUUACAAGAGCAAAUAUACGUUUCCUCUUGGCAUCUCAACAGAUGUCUCAGAAGCAGUUUUGGUUGGGGAUGUAUGCAUGGAAUUGCAAGAUAUUAAAGGAACAAAAAUAGAAACAUAUGAUGCAAAGAAAAAUGUUGUUGCACACAUUACCUGUCAUGUUGGGUGCUUUGUCACAGAUUUGAUGGCCUCUUCAGACCUGUGUAGCCACCUUGGUAGUAGUGCUAGGAUGUACUGUCCAAAAUGCAAAGUAACUAAGGGUGACUAUAGCCUGUGCCAGUCUAGAACAACAACAGACACAAAGAAAGACUUGGCUAAUUUAAAUAGAAUGGUCAGUAUGCAAGAAAGGCGUAAUUACCAAAGAGGAACAGGAACAAAAGCUGGAGAUAAUCCUCUGUUUGAAGAUAACUUGGAAGACAUCAAUCCACACAGUUUGGUACCUUAUGGGACACUUCAUAUGCUGUCUUUAGGCCUCAUAAAGCAGCUGGCCAAGGCCAUUACCAAAAGGGUCAAUAACACAGAACUGAUGGAAGCAGUCACCACAACCUUCAACAGUUCCCUCAAAACAUUUACCAAGUACAUAUCAAGCAGACAAGGAAAAGAUUUUAAAGCAUGGAUUCAGAUUGCACCUUUCAUUUGUGAUGUCUGUAAACCUGGUGACAACCUAGCAGCUGCUGCUAUUAAAUUGGCAAAGCUUUGUAAAGCAGCAUUCAGAAAUGGCAACAACAUUGCAGAUUUGGCUGAAGAUUACCAUCACCAUCUAAAAACAUCCAUUCCUGAUCUUAUGUCAAAUAAGGUUCAUACAUUGCUACAUGUGAGGGAAGAUAUACAGGAACACGGUCCAUUAAUGGAGUUCUCUGAAGAUAUAUUUGAGAAGAGCCACAAGAAUUUUAGACAACAUAUCCAUCAGAGACAAAAUAAACAUAACCUUAGCAGAGAUACAGCCCUGCAACAGGCAAGGGAGAUGGCCCUGGAGCAUAUUGUCACAGGGGGCUAUAUCAAGGACGCAGUAUGGAGACAGGCUGGAUCCAGUGUACUAAAAGAGGACACCAUAAUAUCAAAGUACUUAGGUAUUCCACAAGGUACAGGAACAUCCACCCAACAACUCACUAAACUCAACAGGGAUGAAAACAAUAGAGUACUUUCUACUGUGAAAAAUGGCAUGGAAGUAAUAACAGCCCAAUGCAUCCAUUUAGCCAGUGGUGCUACUGUCAAGAAUGGGGAUAUCAUUGAACUCAAUGAUACAUACUAUAUGUUCAAGGAAGGGUACAGAGAGAAAGUGAAUGGGGAAGAAUUUAUACUAGUUGACAAAACAUCUCAUAAAGAAACACUACUUUUGCAGGAAAAAAUGACCCUUUUAAAAGUAGUUCAAGCCCCAUCUAUGACAAUACCCUUAAUGCAGCAUCAAGUGAGCAAAGUAUCUGUUGUUCAUUCCUGUUCAACAGAGAGGUGCUACUUUAACCCAGUUUCAAAAUCAUUUAAACAUCAGGGAGGAAAAAAAUAUAUAUUAAACACUUUCGCCCUGUAUUAGAUACUCUAUGUUCUAGCAACUGUCGCCAUGUUCAUUUCCAUGAACAUUUCCUGCCAACAAAAAACCUUCAGUGGUUGUAGGUGUUCACUUCAAAGAGUGGGAUUUAUUCAGAAGUGAGUAGAGUUUGUGUGGAGGAAGGGUGUCCACUAGAGAUAGGUGUUCACUAAUAAAGGUUUUACUGUUGUAAAUCAGUCUGAUUCAUAAGAUA